AUGUUCAUUCCAUCUUUACCAUCUCAUUUCAGUGAAGGAAUUGAAUGUUUGGGCUUCGGUUUAAUAAAUAAAAUUUUUCUCGAUUAUGGUAUUUCUUGGUGGAAACCUAACACGAAAGGAUUUCAAUUACUUUGGAAAGAAGGAAUGUUUUGCAAUAAAAAUUUAGCUCUAUGGACUAGAGAUCUCACAGGAUUCGAUGUUGUGCCGAAUCACGAAGGUGUACUUCUUGGUUGGAUCGGAGGACGCGGAGCUUGCAUUAUUGAAACUUUAAGCGAACAACAAAUUGCAAUGGAUUGUAGUUAUAGUCAUAUUACAACAAAAUGCGAUAAGAAUAAUAUUACGCCAAAUCGUUUAUCAGAACCGAUAUGGAGUAAAGUAAUAGAAAAACAUAGUACCAAGGAUAUACCUAUCAUUUUGUUUGCUGGUGAAGCAACGCACGAAAAUUUUUAUUCUACAACACAUGGCGCUUAUGAUACUGGUGUGAAACAAGCACAAAUUUUUCUACAGCAUCACAUUCUUACGAAUUAA